GUGGAGUGCAUUAAUUAUAUUUUCCACGAUCCAUACCGGAGCGGGUUAAGGGUGGAUCGUAUACUGGCAGCCACACGAUCUUGCUCGGAUGAGAUCUAACCAAACUUGGUUGGUUGGCCCGUUUGCAACGUACGCGUGGGAAGUCACACUUGUUGAAUUCAUCAGACCAAUUGAAGAAGGUGUCGUCUAUUGGUUGCGCGUGCACAGUGCUAGAUCUGAGUCGAUCUUAAGUUUGUCAGCUCGGAUAACGCCGCACAGCAUAUUGGCCAAGCGUUCGGGGUGUUGGUGUGCUGCAGUGAUCUGCCAAACGAAUAAUGCUUUUGAUUGGUAAAGUGUGGCUUUAAAUGUGUGAUCAUAUGGUAUAUCUGCAAGCAUUCAAUUAUACGCACAAGGUAAAAAAAUUAAAAUUGUAAAACUUAGAGUAGAUCAGACGAAUUAUAAAAAAUGAUCCUAUAAAUCAAUAUCAUCUUCCAGUUGUCAGGUUGAAGUCCGUUCCGGAUCAUUUGCUGCAUCGUGUGUCCUGUGUUGUCGUGCAGCAUCCGUAGAGUGAUGUGAGCGAGCGUGUGUACGACGGUAAGCCUACCUUCCAGGCGCAUACCGAUAAUGGUAAAGUGAAGUGCAGAGCGGUGGUCAUAGUUGAUGGUGCUUAACGACAUAGUCGAGAACGACAAGAAAAAAAAAACCAACGAGUUCCAAACAGGAUCUGAAAAACCGCACCAAUUGUAAAGAGUGCAUCGAAGUGCGAUAUAAAAAUUAAACGACAAUGUUGUGCGAUAAAACCCGUGGCUGUGUGUGCGAAUGCAAUUGACAUCCGGUGUCAUUGGCAUUCCAGGCGGGAGAAUUGUUAUGAGCGGUACGUGACGGUUGCUGUGCUGAGUAUUGUGUGCGUGUGUGUGAGCGUGGUUUUGGUGCUGUGCAGGGUGCUGUGUCCCAUAUCUUCAUUUUAUGGUGAUUCCAGGUGUGUGUGCUUUUCGGUGUCUGCAACGUUUGGCCACCGUCUUCUUCUUAGCAGCGCGGUGUUGACGUUAGUGACUCGUAAGCUAAUUGCCUCCAGCGAAGAUGACGACGGACACGAACGGUUGCUAACUGCAGUUUGGAUGCUAAAGGAACCGCCGACAAAAAAAGGAAAAGUGCGCGCAGUGAUGAACACGUACGGUCAUGAGCGAACGAACGAAACUGAAGCACUUCCCCAUCCAGCGGUAGUCCGGCAGUAGACCUUUGCAAAGUCUAAUCGCGUACCAAGAAUCUAUCGCCCAGUAUCGCCCCAUGAUGGAGUCGCUGGCAGCGGUGAAUGCGACGGCACUAGCGUGGUCGUCUUCGUCGGCCAUGCCAGCGAUGCUGCUGCCGGAGACUCCCAGCUCGUACGGGAGUUAUCCGUCCGGUGGCGUCACCAUGUCGCUGGACGUUCUGUUCGGGUACGGGCUGUUUGGCGAGGCGGCGAAUGGAACGAUCGGUGGCGAGAACGUAACCGCAACCGGCGAUCCCACCGACCCGCCCCAUCCUUGUGAUCCAGCGAACGUCGAGUUCGAUUGUUCGGUCGGCGAUUUUCUGGUGUACGCACGAGGCCCUCAGCGGAUGCCACUGUUCACCACGUUGCUGGUCACAAUCCUGUUCGUCUGUAUACUGGUGACUGGUGUGAUUGGAAACCUGAUUGUGUGCCUCGUGAUCGUUCGACAUCCGUCGAUGCGGACCGCCACCAACUACUAUCUCUUCAGUCUAGCCGUGUCGGAUCUCAUAUUGCUUCUGUUAGGACUCCCGUACGAGAUUAGCCUUUACUGGCACCAGUAUCCGUACAAUCUCGGACUACCCUUUUGCAAAAUUCGCGCACUCAUCUCGGAAGCCUCAACGUACGUCUCGGUCCUGACCAUCGUCGCCUUCUCGAUGGAGCGCUUCCUUGCCAUCUGCCACCCGCUGCACCUGUACACCAUGUCCGGGCUACAGCGUCCGGUUCGCAUCAUUGCCGGGCUGUGGAUCGUGAGCCUGCUGAGUGCGGUCCCGUUCGCCAUCUUUACCGACAUCGAUUACAUCGUUUAUCCGCCAACAAACGAGAAAAUCCUUGACUCAGCGUUCUGUGCGAUGCUAAACAAUCCGGAGGGAAUACCACUGUGGGAACUGUCGACCUGUCUGUUCUUUGCCUUUCCGAUGCUCAUCAUGGUCGUGCUAUACGGGCGCAUGGGAAUGCAGAUACGAUCCCGCACUCAGCGGACGGCCGAACUCGGCGUUCGCAACGGAUCGGUUAAUGGACCAUCGAGGAUAUCACAGUCACGGAAAGCCAUCAUCCGGAUGCUCGCUGCCGUCGUGAUUACGUUCUUCGUUUGCUGGGCACCGUUCCACGCUCAGCGGCUUCUCUUUCUGUAUGCCCGCGAGUGGCAACACUUCAACACGGUCAACACGUGGCUCUUUUCCGUGGCUGGCUGGCUGUAUUACGUGUCCUGCACCAUCAAUCCGAUUCUGUACAAUGUGAUGUCCCAUCGGUAUCGGGUCGCAUUUCGGGAAACGUUGUGCGGCCGGCGGCGUGGUUUCGGUACUGGGUUUGCCCGCGACCAGUCCAGCUUCCGGGAGACGACAAUCGACGUCAACAUGGCGGGUGGUGGUGGUAAUGGUGGAAGCGGCUACGGUGGCUACGAAAAUUCUCGAUUGCUGCGGGCACGGUCAAUGAUGCAGUCAAAGCGAUCCCGGUUCCGAGGCACACUCCACGCGAACAACAGUAUACGGUACAGUGACAACUGCAUUCGGCGGAAUUCCCUGCAGAUUGGCAACAUGCCCAGCAGCCGGAACUCGCUGUCGCCCAACCUAACCACCGACGUGGUGGUGAUGCUGGAGAACAAUCUCAACGGACGACCCCGCUGUUACACCACCUCCGUCACCACCCUGGUCACGAACGUCGUCUCGAGCAACUCGACGGUGACAGAGAAUAGCUUCAAGAUACCGCUGAUAAGCAUUGACAAGCCGACCGGACCGGACCGGAUUGUGGGCAGCCCGAGCGGUAGCUGUACGCCGGUCGAAUCCAGCGGUGCCAAUUCUCACCUCAAUGGCGGUGGAAACCUCAACAAUAGCUGUAAGAAUCAUAAUAAUAACAACAGUGUGUGCAACAAUAGAAACUAUGACGCCGAUGUGUCGACGGCGGACUCGACCGAUCACCAACCGUCUGGAUCGCUCGGGUCGUCACCGGCAACAUCACCCUUGCACGCCUUACCGGCCGUUACGAUUGUGCUGCCGGAGGACCAGCCGGACCGGCAGGAGGUGGUGGACCAGCGGGAAGGUCACAUUGCAGCGAGCGAAUCGUUGCAUCACGUCGUCCAGCAGGCGGAAAGCACCUGUCAGGAUGUGGUGCCGACGUUUCACUACCACCCGAACCUGCUCCAGCAGCGGUGUGGCGAAAUGGAUGAGGUCGUGCUGCUGACCGACAACACGAAGCGUGAGACGUGCAUUUAACAGUACUGCAGAGGGAGCGAGAACCGACACCCGAGGGAACACUGCAGGACGCGUUAAAGAGAGAUACUCAGACUGGUAGAAGAACGGGGAACGGUGGGUUGGAAGGGCACACACACACAAGCGGCACGUGUCACAGAGGACAGUACACGGGCACUAACAAAUCCAAAGAAGCGCUUGUGCAAAUGCCACCGUUUAGUUUAAAUUGUUACGAGCUACCGGAUCUACCAACGAUAGUAGUAGAAGUGUACUGAAAUACCUAGUAUUACUGUAGCGAAACCUCCCCGGGUUCGGCUGAUUGCGUGGCGAACGGCACAAAGAUGUACCACAAUGUGAUGAUGAGCUUACUAAUAAUACAUCCGUGUUUUUCCCCAAAAGUUGGCGUGGACUAACCCGAUCCGCACAUCGUUGAUCCGCAAUGCCGGCACAUCUCAAGACACCGACUCUAACGUACGUAUAGAUAAGGACGAAACUAGCCAAGCAAACCGAUGUGACGUGUGUUACAAUAGGAUAAUAUAAAAGGGAAUAUAUAUUUAAAGAACACGCGGAAGGCGAGUGGGUGUGUGUGUGUGAGUGCGAAACGCGCGAAUGAAACUGAUGGUACAAACCGAUACUCACCAGGUCCGGGUCCCAUGUGUCCUUGUUGAGAGUUGCUUCUUUCCGGUCUGCUGGAUUUGGAAUUGCAAAAACCGUAUGAACCAGUCUGCUUUACAAUUGACAGUAGCCGAUGCCAUUGGCCAGAUCGUAGUCCUACGAAGUUCCCACUCGAGGACUUCCUAUUCUCCCGGUUUUGUGUACUUAAAGAGAUUCCACAUAAGCUUCCAUCACAUAAACAGAAUUCAUGCGUACCACGAAAAAUCGGAUGCUCAUGUCUUUUUUCCCCCAUUCCCGAUUACUGGUGUGCCUAUCAAGACAUGUUAUUGCUCACUUUGCCUAAUCUACCCACUUCUGAAAACAAACCAGUGUGACCAACGGCGAUUAGAAUACUGUUUGAACGAGGAUUACGUACAAUGGAGGGUUUUGCAGGAAGGUUUCCAGGAUGUGGCGCGCUGAGCAAAUUCUCAACAGAGGGCAAACAGAGCCCGGAAGCGAUCCGAAGACCUGAAAAACAGUGAAUCUCCCAUGCAUAGACAGGACGCUUCGGGGCGAAAUCGCCUAAAACGCCCUCAAAGACCCACUGAAACGACGAUGCAAAAAAAGCCGACCGGAACUUGCACACUUACACAAUAACCCCCCCGUAACAAAAAAAACCCCACCCACACGCUCACUCUCAAACACACACAGACGGGUAGAGAGAUCUUGGAAGGAUAUGUUUGUUGUAUACAGAAGAAUAAAUAAAAGUUUAAGAUUAUUGUA